ACAAAGAAACUAAAGAAAAGAAAAUUUUCUUAAAUUCAGUUUAGAAACUGGAUUAAGCCAUGGAACUAGAUUUUGAUAAAAUAUGUAGAAUUUGUCUAAAUGGAGGUAUAAUGAUGUCGAUAUUCAAAGUAAAUAUAUCAAAGAAAAUGAUGGCUUGCGCCUCAGUUCAGGUUUGGCAGAACGACGGAUUACCUGCUCAGAUUUGCAAUAAAUGCUCUGCGAAAUUGCACAUCUCUUUCCAGUUUAAAAAACAGUGCGAAAAAUCAGAUGCUAAGCUACGGCAAAUUGUGGCUAGUAUGCCCAGUGAAGAAGAACAGGAAGGUAUUCAGCAGCAGCAGCAGCAAGAAAUGCAACAAAUUUCCGAACCUCAACAAAUGGAUAAACUGGAUUCUUUAGGCAUUACGGAACAACUUGCACAAGCUACGCAACAGAACAAUUGUGUUUAUAUAGAAUGUCCUCCGAUGUUAGAACCGCUGCCCCAGGAUCAAAACACUUUUAUACCUGUAUCGCAAAAUCAACCUCCUCUUAGUCAAAUCAAUUAUAAUAUCCAACAAAACCACUUACAAUUGGGUUAUAACAUACAAAGCGUUAGUCAAGUGCAAGUUUAUAACGGAACGUAUACUAUGCCUCUACAACCGAUGCAGGCUACGAAUAUGUUACAUAACCAGGUUGUACCUCAAAUGCAAAUGCCUCCGCAACCCCAAAUGCCAACUUUACAACCAAUAAUGCAGCAAACGCUACCCCCCGUGAUGACCUCGGAUGAGAAGGACAAAAAGAAAUUUACCAAACUAAAUGGUAAGAAAGACCUCAAAGGAAACGAAGGUAAACAAUGUCCAACGUGCAAUAAAAUAUUUGGAACUGCCACGAAACUGAGUAGACACAUGAAAACUCACUCGACUGACAUGCCUUACAAGUGUAAAGUGUGCAAUAAGGCGUUCUCGCAUAGCGGCAAUUUUAAAAUUCACUUGAGGAUGCACACCGAUGAGAGACCAUUUCGAUGUACAGUGUGCGAUAAAGGUUGCCGUCAGGCACAGGAUUUGGAAAAACAUAUGCGGACGCAUACGGGUGAAAAACCGCAUAAAUGCCAUAUAUGUCCGAGAGCGUUUUCUACCAGUUCAAACUUGAUAGCUCACAUAAGAACGCAUACUGGAGAGAGGCCUUAUGUGUGUUGCGUUUGCCAAAAAGCUUUUUGCCAGUCGAACGAGUUGACUAAACAUAUGCGCACUCACACCGGGGAGAAGUCUCAUAUCUGCGAUAUUUGCAAUAAAGGUUUCAAUGGUUCAAGUACCCUAAUAGUCCACAGGAGGUCCCACACGGGCGAACGACCUUACGUUUGUAACAUUUGCAGCAAAGGCUUCGCCCAGUCCAGUUGCCUGGCCAUACACAUGAAACGCCACAACAACGAGAAGAUUUUCCAUUGUACUCAGUGCGACAGUAGUUUCGUUACCAACACCGAACUGAAAGAACACAUCUCCUCGCAUAUGAAUGACAAACAGUACAGUUGCAACGUAUGCAAUAAGAAAUUUAACAGAUUAAACGAUUUUAAUAAGCAUUUAAGGACCCACGGGACUCUUGAGGAGAGCUAA